CGGGAUUGUGGGAGGCGACUUCCGGCGUGGUUGGUGCUGUUAGUGUUGGCGGUGUUGGUGUUGUGGCGGUGUUUGGUGUCGGCUGAGGAGGGCAGUCGCUUGAGCGGGUUCGUGGUAAGAGAUCGGGCGGCACUACACGGUUAGAGUCCGGAGGUGGCCCAAGUCACUGCGCUCGUCGGCGCCGUUCGUAGCGGCCCAGACGAGGGGUUGAAGAAGGAGGGACGGGCACGCGAGAACUCGGCUCGGGAGUUUUACACCAUGGCCGAAUUGGUGCAGACACCUCCUGUGGGCGACGGCAAUCUCGAGCCGUACAGCUUCUCACACGUCAUUUUCCACAACGUGGCCCAGGCAUACCCACCCGACACACACCUGGAGUGUCGCUACACACUCACGCAGCACAUUCAGCCACACUCCAAGGACUGGGUUGGCAUCUUCAAGGUCGGCUGGCGUACCCCACGUGACUACUUCACCUUUCUGUGGGCCCCAGUGCCAAGCUCUACUCAGACCAGCCUCGGCUCGGAGCAGCAUCUCAUUUUCCAAGCGUAUUACUUGCCGAAAGACGACGGCGAGUUCUACCAGCUGUGCUAUGUCACGAGCAAUGGCGAGAUCCGCGGAGCCAGCACGCCGUUUCAGUUCCGCAACUCCUCCGAGUCCGACGAGCUCUUCACCCUGGAGACUGAGGGUGAAUCCGACAUCCUUGUUGUCACCUCCAAGGCCGCUCAGCUGAAGAAUUCCUUGGAGGAGAUGCAGCGCCAGUAUAAGGAGCUGAGCCAAGCUAAAUCUGAUAUGGAGGCCGAAGUGACUGGCAUGAAUGAGAAAAUCAAGCAGCUCUCUGAGGAGCUGGAUGGGCGGCGCAAGGAGGACUGCGCUCUGCAGAGCCGCUACACGGAACUCGAGCAGAGCAAGCAGGCUCUGGACUCGGGGCUCGUGCAGCACAAACGUCAGCUGGAGGAGUCUGCCGUGCGUGUUCAGCAACUGGAGGGAGACCUGGAAACCCUGGCCAAGAAGAUGCUGGACAAAGAGAUGGAGCUGGAUGGGUGCAAGGACAGCAUUAAGAAGUUGACUGCUGAAAAGCAACAGCUAGAGACCGAACUUAAAAAUGAGAGGGAGGAGAAAAAUCUUUUUAUGACGCACAUCAAGGAGACGGACCUGGAAAACAAGCAGCUCAACACAAACCUGAAAGCCGCCCAGGCAGAGGUCGGAGAAAAGAACAACGCGAUCUCAGAGUUGACUGAGGAAAUCUCCCGCCUGCAGCAAAGCGCGGCUCACAGAGAGAGGUCGCUCUGCGGGGCUGCAGGAGCCGUGUCAUCUAAACCGGAGAAGGAGCUGGGUGUGGUACGGGAGCUGCUGCGCCGCACCGAAGAUCAGUUGGCCAACAGCGAGCAGAAGUUAAAGCUCCUCCAGGGGGAGCUUCUGGACGCGACCAGUACCCGGGACAAAAUGAUGGCCUCUCUGUACCAAGAGCGCACGAGCAGCGAGGAACUUCGCACCCUCGUCACUCAGAUGGAAAACAAGAACGUUGAGGGCUUGCGUGAAGACUCGCCUGGUUAUGACGAACUCAGGAAGGAGAAUGAAGACCUGAAAUUGCGUCUGCAGAUGGGAGCCGAGCACUACAAGGAGAAGUUUAAGGAGUGCAUGAGGCUGCAGAAGGAGCUCACCAAGGCGAAGCAGCAAUGGGAUGAACAGGUGGAAGCGCCGGCAGUCGUUUCAAUGGAAACCCAGAAGUCCCCUCCUGCGUCUGAGAUGAAGGAGAACCUGGGCGGUGAGCUGUCGUCUCGGGCGAUGGAGAAGCUGGCGGAAAAAACGGAUAAGUGCAAGAAGUAUAAGGAAAUGUUCAAAAAAGAGAAGGAGAACAGAGAGCGGCUGGAAGAGGAGCUGCAGAAGCUCCAGAGGAGCAUUGAAGAGGAGAAGCGGGCCACGGAAGUGCUGUCGGAUAAGCUGGCUAGAGAGCAGGCCAACAUGCAGGAUCAGCUUUCAACAAAGGCAUUGGAGCUGAAAGACGUCUGGUCGGCUCUGGAGAAGAUUAAAAAGGAGAAGGAAGAUCUGCUGACAAAGUUCACGCACGAGAAGGAGGACAAGCAGCUUCUGGAAGAGAAGGUGAUGCGGAUGGAGACGUUCUUCAAUGAGCAGCAGCAAACCAAACAAGAAAUUUCGAGGCAGCAGCAGGAGAAAGAUUUUGCAAUCUACGAGCUGCAAAAUACACUUAAAGAAUUAACGGAUGAAAUAGAUGCGCAUAAGAUGCAGCUGCACGAGAGAGAUGGGAAAAUCGAUGAGCUGGUGGCCACAGUCACAGACUUGAAGCUUGUAAGAGAAGAGUAUCUGAAAAAGUUUGCAUUUCUGGAAGAGAAGUGCGACACGGGGCAGGGUGGCGCUAGUGGCGGUAAGCGCAAGCUAGCAGCACAUGGGUGUGCAGCAAUAUUUGCAAAGGACGAGCAUUUUGACAUUGUGUUUUCCUCUGCGCCAAUGCGUUUGCAAGCUGAGAGCUUGCCAUUGUGUUGGCUGUCCGGUGUGCCUGGGACGCGAGCAGUAAAGUGUUAUGUCUUCUCAGGCAUGCUAGGCAACUGUGGGAUAUGCAACCCAUGGCUUCACAAGCCCGUGGUCAGCACAGGCCCCUACCCACACCAUGUGGUCAAGAAUCAACCAUUCCGUCGAGAUUACCGUAAUGAGCAGAAUGUUGACGGAAAUCAACUACAGCAGGAGCCGGAACCCCUUUCAUUCGAAACGAUGAGAAAGCGUUGUCCUAUCUGCGAAAUCAACUUCCCACCAGACUACAACCAGGGGGACUUUGAAGAGCACGUGCAGAGCCACUGGAAGGAGUGCCCCUUGUGCAAGAACCAGUAUCCACCAGACAUGGAUCAGCAGAAGUUUGAGGAGCACGUCCAGAGCCACUUGGAUGGCGGGCGUGUGCACCCAGAUGAUACCAUAUUUUAAGAGCUAUGGAGCAAUUUCAGACAUAGUCUCUGACCUCUCUACGUCUUACGAAUCCAUUAGCCCAUAUUCUGAAUGAGUUUUUCCUUUUUAGAUAUUCCUAUAAUAACCCCUAAAUAGGUCUCUGCUCUGCCAUAGAAUAUCUGGCUUAUGUAGGCGUGCCUGAUGAUACGGAGUGGUUUUAACGAGGCCACCUUGGCAUUGAACCUGCAUAAGAUUUCCACAGCCUUUGCACAGCCACACGUAUAUGUACACACACAGCCGAAGUGUCACAGACACUUCCAAUGUCACCAACUUGAGAGUUGUUAAAAAGUAGACAUCACCAACCGACGGGCGUAGUCAGCGAUGCCUUAGCCGCACAUUUUAUCUUGUGCUGAGAAACUAGCCAAGUAAUUUUUUUGCUCGGAAUAUACGACAACCAAUAAACACGUACACAAAUAUUUUCCUACAAUCACAGGUAUGUUUCCUAUAUUGUUAACAGCUUUCCAAAUGAAAUAUAGAAUUACUACGGAUCAUAAAACUAAUCUGUACAUUUCUCAAAUAAUACUAUAUCAUGCGCAACAAAAACUAUGAAAAUGCUUUCGCACUUCCUGCACGUGAACGGGGAAAUGCUUCCGUGCGGCAUUAUCGGCGUUAUCAGUCAUCCCACAGCUCAAUGAACGCCUGCCCAAAUCGUCACCAUCGCGGUUGCGAUUCAAUUAUCCAUAAAGCUUCCUGCGCAAGAGCCAAUCUCACCACUUCAUGUCCACGGUGGACGUGCGCUUGGAGCGCGUUGUUCGGUUUGACUGCCGCUCUGCCGCCUUCCUUGAUCAUUGGACAUUGUCACGCCGUCAGCUGUGUGUCCUGUCCAAGCCCGCUUAGCUUCCUUUCAAAUGUGAUGUUCAUUUCCUGUGCAUGUUCUAUGAUCGAGGUGUUCACCUUUAAGGUGUUCUCCUUUAAGGUGUUCUCCUUUUCAGAGUUUAUUUCGAAGUGUGCAAACCUCUCCAUGCUUGUUUUGUGCGUUCUUAAGAAUUUUGUUCCAGUCUCUUGAGUCGGUGACCAUUUUGAAGAUCCAUAUUGUCACGGCGAGAAACAUACAAUGAUUAAUAUAAAAUAGAAAAUACAAUUAAAAUAAUUCUAGAUUUGAAGUUUUCGUGACUGCAAGGAUUCAUACUCUUUGUUUUUUUCGGUAAAGUCACGUAGGUAAAAAAUGUAAUUAAAAAACAACUAAAUUAAAUCACGACGUUUCGGAGGCAACACAAGCUUCUGUCUUCAAUUAAAAUACAUUUUUUUUAUUUUCUGUCUGUGACUUUACCGAAAGAACCAAUAAUAUAAAUUCCUGCAGUCACAAAUUUAUAAGUAAACAUUUACACAAUUAUUAAUUUCCACUUAUAUUCCACAUAUUUUUUUCUUUGGUAUCCUAUUCAUUUUGUGACAUGUUGGUUAAUCACAUCGGUUCACCUUUCGAUAAUUCCCACGUAUUUGUGCCGUUAAGUAGGUGAGCAAUUUGUUUGUUAACCAUUGCCUGUGAUUAUUCUGGUAAUAUAGCUAAGCUUUGCAAUUAGACCUCUGAGACAAAUCAAAAGCUGGGGACUUUUAUGUAGCAAUUCGCAUAUAUGUUGAAUCUGCACGGGGUAAGUUGAUCAACAUCGUAUAUACAAGUUUGUUAACGUGGUUAAAUCAACAAUGGGUUUUGUUUAUCGUUGGUUCAAUAUACGAGUUUCCAUCUUUCGCGUGGUUUAAAACUCACACUAUUUACCAUGUUUGUUUCGUCACUUUAAAUCAUAACCAAAUGUAACAACAAAAAUAAUAAACGACAUUGACAAGAUA